AUAGAUUAAAGAAUAGUCUGCACUUUACACUUUCGGUUUCGACUUACCGCCCGGCGUCGAACUUUGUCCGUCUAGCAUGUGCUGUUAUUACCGUCGCGAGUAUAAGAAGUUCAUCCGCGUAGUAUACGAUAUAGCAUGUUUUUGCCCGUCACUGUGGCAAAACUAGUGCGUGGUGUGUUCUGCAAUCGACGCCGUCACCUCACCCUUCCGUCGAGUCGUGUCUGUUUGACUAGGUCCGGAGUUCCAUCCGUGCGGAAGAGGUUCGUGUCCACCACCCCGAGUCUGUGGCACGGCGAAUACGAAUGGCAGGAUCCGAAAAACGAAGCUGACGUAGUCCAAGUGGCGUUUGUAGACAGGGACGGCAAGCGCACCGAAGUCAGGGGAAAAGUUGGUGACAACGUUCUGUAUUUGGCCCACAGGCAUGGAGUCGAAAUGGAAGGUGCUUGUGAAGCGUCAUUAGCGUGCACAACCUGUCAUUGUUAUGUCGCCGAAGAUUAUUUGUCCAAGCUUCCCGAAUCAGAAGAGAAAGAGGAUGAUUUACUAGAUCUAGCGCCAUUUCUAAAAGAAAACUCGCGACUAGGUUGUCAAAUUGUUCUAACCAAGUGUUUGGACGGCAUCGAACUUGUGUUGCCUGCAGCAACCAGGAACUUUUAUGUUGAUGGCCAUAAACCUAAGCCUCAUUAGUAUAGUUUAAAUUAGUAAAACUGUUAGGCGUAUUAUAAUAUAGUAGUUCAAGUAAAAUGGACUAUGCCGAAGAAGCCAUUGUAGUAUCCAAUAAAGCGGUAGACUAUGACUGUAAAGGUCAAAUGCAAGCUGCAGUAUAUUAUUAUAAAGAGGCUGCAACACUCUUAGAACUUGCAUGGAAGAUACGAAAAGACGAUCCUCUGGCCAAUGAAUGGUGUCAAAAAUCACACGAUUAUAUUAAUAGAGCUGAAGCCUUGGAAUACCAAAUAUUUUUGGUUUGAAAUGAAAUAUAUCCAGUGAUCAUACUACAUGAAGUCUUUAGGACAUGGCUCUUCUUGAUAAAAUAACUAGUUGUUUUAAUUUAAAUUGUGACUAAAUAUUAGUAAUAUAGUAAUUUAAAGGAAAAUA